AACCACAAUUUCACCUUUUUUUUAACUUAGAAUGGAGCCGACACACAAAGCUUUGCCCAUAGGAUUUAGGUUUCGUCCUACAAACUGUGAGAUUGCAAACUAUUUCUUGAAGAAAAAAGCUUUAGGACAACCCAUGAAAUCUCGUACGGUACCUGAAGAGUGUCAUGAUAUCUUCUCAAGACAUCCUCGUGAUUAUCCUGGCUAUCCAAAAGAAGAGCAUUGGUACUAUUUUUGCAGAAAACGUAACAACCAAGUUACUAGUAACUCUCCUAAUCUCUGGACACCAAUCGGAGAAGAAACUAAUGUGUUAGAUCCAAAGAAUAAUGAUGCAUUAGUCGGUAUCAAACGUCGGUUUACUCUCAUUGCGCAAGAAAAAGAAUCUGAUAAUAUUUGUUUAUCUGAUGAAGAAGAAGCUCCAAAGUAUAACUGGUUCAUGGAUGAAAUUAGCCUCCCACAAACAGUAGCAGAUACUGAUUGGCUGCUGAAGAAGAUGCAGAGUGAGGAAUCUCACGAGCUUACGAAUGGAAUAACCGAGAAGGUUUCGAAGGAAACAAUGAAGAGUCAAAAGGCUGACAGAAAGAAAAAGAAGUUGAAAGAGAAAUUGCUUAAGGAAGCUUCUAAAGCUGACAAUAGAGGGGUUUGCUACUUAAGUCGUAUCCCACCACACAUGGAUCACGUUAGACUUCGCCAUAUUCUCGCUCAAUUUGGAGAAUUAGGAAGGAUUUAUCUUGCACCUGAAGAUUCUGAAGCACAAGUGCACCGCAAGCGUGCUGGUGGAUUUCGUGGGCAAAGGUUUUCUGAAGGGUGGGUGGAGUUUGCGAAGAAGAGCGUAGCUAAACGGGUUGCAGAUAUGCUAAAUGGAGAACAAAUCGGGGGAAAAAAAAAGUCAUCAGUAUACUAUGAUAUUUGGAACAUCAAAUACUUGACCAAAUUUAAAUGGGAUGAUCUUACUGAAGAAAUCGCGUACAAAAGUGCAAUUCGGGAACAGAAAUUAAAUAUGGUUCUUUCUGCUGCAAAGAGGGAGAAGGACUUUUAUCUAUCUAAAAUAGAGAAGUCGCGUGCCAUGACCGAGAUAGAUGCACGAAUGGAAAAGAAACGAAAGAUUCAGGAAGAAUCGGGUAGCACUGCUGAAGCAACACCAGUCUUUCCACCUAGGGUGAUUCGUCAGUUUAGACAGAAGAAAUCAAUUGAAAAUGAGACAUCUCAGAGCAAGCCUGGGCUCUCCACUGAUUUCCUAGCAUCGGUAUUUGGCGGUUCUUAAAGGUUAAGAGGAAUGUGACAUUGCGAAUUGAUCAUAGCUUGAUGGAGAAAUCAAUGUCAAUUAGUUUCUGCAUGUCAACAGAGAAAAUCUUCACAUACACUUAGCUUUUUGUAUACUUUUGUGUUCUCUCUUAAGAAUCUUGUUCUCCUUAUAAGGUUUCAUAUAUACUAUUGUCAAGAAACAUGUGUGACCUUU